UGCACUUGAUCCAAGUAGAUAUAAAUAAGAACUCCCACUCCUUGCCCAACAACUUCAUAAAUUCCCAAAAACAAAUAGAAACAAGAUGCCGCUUCUUAUCACCAAAAGCAAACAUGGAAGUACUGUUCUGUUAGAAGAUCAGUUGAGGGGUCUUCUGAAGAGAUACGACGCUAACAAUGAUGGCAAGCUAAGCAAGGCUGAGCUGAAGGUUGCGUUCAAAAGCCUAGGCUCUCAUUUUGCUGGCUGGAGAGCUAUGAGGGCAAUUCACCACGCUGACGCCAAUGGCGAUGGAUGUAUCAGCGAAGAUGAGAUGGAGGAGCUUAUCAAAUAUGCUAUAACAUAUUUGACAAGCUCCUCCAUCUCAUCUUCGCUGAUAUAUCCAUCGUCAUUGGCAUCAGCGUGGUGGAUUGCCCACCCAGCUCUCCAGCCGGGAAUACGAGAGCCUAAGCUUUUGAACGCAGCCUUCAGCUCAUCCUUGCUUAGCUUGCCAUCAUUGUUGGUGUCGUAUCUCUUCAGAAGGCCCUUCAACUGGUCUGCUAACAGAUCAACGCUUGCAGAAGAACUCCCACUCCUUGCCCAACAACUUCAUAAAUUCCCAAAACCAAAUAGAAACAAGAUGCCGUUUUUUAUCAACGAAUGCAAACAAGCAAGUACUGUUCUGUUAGACGAUCAGUUGAGGGGUCUUCUGAAGAGAUACGACGCUAACAAUGAUGGCAAGCUAAGCAAGGCUGAGCUGAAGGUUGCGUUCAAAAGCCUAGGCUCUCAUUUUGCUGGCUGGAGAGCUAUGAGGGCAAUUCACCACGCUGAUGCCAAUGGCGAUGGAUGUAUCAGCGAAGAUGAGAUGGAGGAGCUUAUCAAAUAUGCAAUAAAAUUGGGUUUUCAAAUGUAUUAGACUAAUAAAUCUAAUAUAUAUAUAUAUAUCAAGAUCGUAGGAGCUUGGAAUAAUCAUAAAAGAGUGCAAAUUUCUAUAUAAUUCUUCCUUUAAUUUAUGGUAGUUAUAAUUUUAUUGGCUCCAUAUCC